AUGCUUAUCGCCGCUCUGCGCCUCCCGAGCUUUCUGCUGGCCUGCGCGCUGCUGAAGAGCUGCGGGGCAUUCAAAAACGAUGCGACCGAGAUCCUCUAUUCCCACGUUGUCAAACCCGACCCGGCCAGCGCCAGCAGCAACAACAGCACCUUGAAUCAAGCGAGGCACGGAGGCAGGCACCCGGGAUUCGAUCGGAGCAGUCGAGUUCAAGUUGGCUGUCGGGAACUGCGAUCAACAAAAUAUAUUUCAGAUGGCCAAUGUACCAGCAUAAACCCCCUGAAAGAGUUGGUGUGUGCUGGGGAAUGCCUCCCUUUGCCAGUGCUACCUAACUGGAUUGGAGGAGGUUAUGGAUCCAAGUACUGGAGCAGAAGAAGCUCACAGGAGUGGAGAUGUGUCAAUGACAAAACUCGCACCCAGAGGAUUCAGCUGCAGUGCCAGGAUGGAAGCACAAGAACCUACAAAGUAACUGUGGUUACAGCUUGUAAGUGCAAACGAUACACCAGACAACACAAUGAAUCCAGUCAUAACUUUGAAGGAGCAACUCAAGCCAAGCCAAACCAACAUCAUAAAGAGAGAAAAAGGAACAGCAAAUCCACGAAGCAGUCUCCAAGUUAGAACUUAAGUUUGUGUGUGUGUGUGUGUGUGUGUGUACACACACAUAUAUACACGAACUUAUUGAUGAUUGUCUGUUUUACAGAUGUCACUACCUAACAAAACCCAUCUUAUGUUGUUGUUGCUUCUCCACUGGGUAUAUACUGUAUACAUUUGUGGCUUUGACCAAACUCAGAAGGGCAUUCUUUUCUGAAGGAUCUUUUGGAGGUGAGCCUUCAUAUUUUAAAGCUGGCCUAUAAGCCUAUAGUUUAUUGAUUUAUAUAUGUAUAUCUAAAUAACAAAAAUGAAUAUUUGUUGCCAUGGGAAGUCAAUCAAUUUUAUACUGCAGACAGCAGCAAUUGUGAAUUUUUACAGGGGCACUUUCCAGAUCAAGUAUUUUAUUGGCAGCAAAGACACCUUGUUUAAAAUAAAUGUUUUAAUUUUAGUCUAAUGUAUCCAAGCAUCUGCCUAGGAUUAUUCUUCCCCAUAACAAUACCUAUAUGAACAAAUUGCUGAACAAAAAGAAAAAAACAUAUAGCAGGAAAAAGGAAAUUUGAAUAAAAUAUAUUUAUUUGACACUGUAUUUAAUGAAUUUUAAUGUGCUUUCUGUUUUUUAAGAUGGCUGUUUGAUGUCUUUACCAUUC